AUGGAAGCUGCUAAUCGCGUCGGCUCAGGGGCUCUCCCUGGCCAGGUUCCCGCGCCGGUCCGCCCCAUCGCCUCGAUCGGCACGCUAGGGCGCCACUUGACACGGCGGCUCGUGGAGAUCGGCGUGAGGGACUUGUUCUCCGUGGCCGGCGACUUCAACCUUACGCUUCUGGACCACCCGAUUGCCGAGUCGGAGCUGAACCUGGUCGGCUGCCGCAACGAGCUCAACGCUGUGUACGCCGCCGUCGGUUAUGCGCGCGCCAAGGGCGUGGGCGCUUGCGUGGUUACCUUCACGGUCGGCGGGCUCAACAUUAUCAACGCUAUUGCAGGCGCUUACAGUAAGAACUUGCCGGUGAUUUGUAUAGUUGGUGGGCCCAACUCCGACGACAACGGGAACUAA